AUGAAGACUUCCGCGCUGAUCAGUUCGGUUGCGCUGGGCUUUUUGCCUAACGCAAUCGCUGCCCCGGGCGAAUUCAACCCCAAUGAUAUCACCUUUGCAGUCGCGCAACGAGCCCUACCCGACGCGCCCGAUGGAUACACCCCUAGCAACGUGAGCUGCCCGGCAAGCCGACCGACAGUGCGCAGCGCAGCGGAUCUCUCAACGAACGAGACAUCAUGGCUCGAAGGCCGCCGCAACAAGACGCUGUCGGCGAUGAAGGAUUUCUUCGGACAUGUGACAGUCGGCGAUUACGACGUUGUCGGGUACCUUAACAACCACGCCAACAAUGUUUCGGCCCUGCCUAAUGUUGGAAUUGCUGUUUCGGGUGGUGGUUACCGUGCGCUCAUGAACGGCGCCGGUGCUGUUAAGGCUUUUGAUAGCCGCACUGAGAAUGCUUCGACUAGUGGUCAUCUGGGUGGUUUGCUGCAGUCUUCUACCUAUAUUGCUGGUCUCAGUGGCGGUAGUUGGUUGCUUGGGUCGAUUUAUAUUAAUAACUUCAGUACCAUUGCUAAUCUGCAGACACACGAGAGUGGUGCUGUUUGGCAGUUUGGGAAUUCCAUUCUCGAGGGUCCUGAUACUGGUGGUAUUCAGCUUUUGGAUUCUGCUAGUUAUUAUACGGAUUUGGCUGAGGCUGUUAAUGGGAAGAGGGAUGCUGGCUUUGAUGCUUCUAUCACUGAUAUCUGGGGCCGUGCUCUCUCCUAUCAGAUGUUCAAUGCGAGCAACGGAGGUAUCGACUACACCUGGUCUUCCAUCGCCGACACCACGGAUUUCCAGGAUGGAAACUAUCCUAUGCCGCUGGUUGUUGCGGAUGGCCGCAACCCCGGUGAGCGUGUGGUUGGAAGCAACUCCACCGUCUAUGAGUUCAACCCGUGGGAGUUCGGUACAUUCGACCCAACUGUCUUCGGUUUCAUCCCUCUAAAGUACCUCGGCUCCCGUUUCGAGGGUGGCUCGCUUCCUAGCAACGAGACCUGUAUCAGCGGCUACGACAGCGCCGGUUUCAUCAUUGGAACCUCCUCUACUCUCUUCAACCAGUUCAUCCUCCAGAUUAACACUACCUCGCUCCCCAGCUUCUUGAAGAACGUCUUCACCGACAUUCUCACCAAGCUCGACCAAUCCGAUAAUGAUAUCGCGUCAUACGACCCCAACCCCUUCUACCAUUACAACAACGACACCUCCCCGUACGCCCAGCAGGAAAUCUUGGACCUGGUCGACGGCGGCGAGGAUCUACAGAACAUCCCCCUCCAUCCCCUCAUCCAGCCUGAGCGCCACGUCGAUGUCAUCUUCGCCGUCGACUCCUCCGCCGACACAACCUACUCCUGGCCCAACGGUACCGCCCUCGUAGCCACCUACGAGCGCAGCCUGAACAGCACCGGCAUCGGCAACGGCACAGCCUUCCCUUCGAUCCCCGACCAGAACACCUUUGUCAAUCUAGGCUUGAACACCCGCCCGACCUUCUUCGGCUGCGACAGCUCCAACCUGACCGGAACCGCGCCCAUUGUCGUCUACAUCCCCAACUCCCCUUACUCCACUCAAUCCAACGUCUCUACCUUCCAACUGAGCACUGAAGACGACCAGCGUGAUGCAAUAAUUCUCAAUGGUUAUGAAGUUGCUACCAUGGCCAACAGCACUCGCGAUGGCAACUGGACGUCUUGUGUUGGCUGUGCUAUUCUCAGCCGCUCCUUCGAGCGUACUGGCACUACCCUCCCUGAUAUCUGUAACCAGUGUUUCGACCGCUACUGUUGGAACGGCACUGUCAACUCUACCCAGCCCAACGUCUAUGAGCCUGUUAAUUAUAUGGCUGACAGUGCCGCCUCAGCUAUGCUGCCUACCAUUGUCUCCACAGCGGUUGCUGCCGGUGUAGCCAUGUUCACCAUGCUAUAA